AUGUGCCUUGACUUAUGGUUUGCUGGCAUGGAAACCACUUCAAACACGCUCUCAUGGGGUGUCGUCUACAUUCUCAAUCAUUUGGACGUACAGGAGAGGUUACACGAAGAAUUGGAUCGAGAAAUUGGCUCUUCGCGCGCAAUCACUAUGGCCGACAAGAAUCGUCUACCUUACACUAAUGCGGUUGUGAAUGAAACUCAGCGACUGGCCAAUUUACUUCCUAUGAACCUGCCUCAUGUCACGGUUCGCGCCGUUCGAAUCGGAAACUACGACCUGCCAACUGGGACAGGAGUUGUUCCGCAAAUCAGCAAUGUACUCUAUGACGAUGAGGUGAGCUUUCCAACUCCC